AUGCUUGCCAUAUUGCACACCUCCACUCCCCAACCCAGCCCCUCUUCCCUCCUCUUCCCUCUGCGUCAACGCAUAGGAAGGGCUUGGCAGGUGAGGCAGCCAUGCUUGCCGCAUGGCACACCUCCACUCCCCGACCCCACUUCCCUCCUCUUCCCUCCCACACUGUCUUCCUUGCCUUCCAUCGCCCCCACCAUUGCCGCUCACUGCACUUACCCUGGGGGAUUCAGGCCCCCACCAUUGCCGCUCACUGCACUUACCCUGGGGGAUUCAGGCCCCCACCAUUGCCGCUCACUGCACUUACCCUGGGGGAUUCAGGCCCCCACCAUUGCCGCUCACUGCACUUACCCUGGGGGAUUCAGGCCCCCACCAUUGCCGCUCACUGCACUUACCCUGGGGGGUUCAGGCCCCCACCAUUGCCGCUCACUGCACUUACCCUGGGGGAUUCAGGCCCCCACCAUUGCCGCUCACUGCACUUACCCUGGGGGAUUCAGGCCCCCACCAUUGCCGCUCACUGCACUUACCCUGGGGGAUUCAGGCCCCCACCAUUGCCGCUCACUGCACUUACCCUGGGGGAUUCAGGCCCCCACCAUUGCCGCUCACUGCACUUACCCUGGGGGAUUCAGGCCCCCACCAUUGCCGCUCACUGCACUUACCCUGGGGGGUUCAGGCCCCCACCAUUGCCGCUCACUGCACUUACCCUGGGGGAUUCAGGCCCCAACCAUUGCCGCUCACUGCACUUACCCUGGGGGAUUCAGGCCCCCACCAUUGCCGCUCACUGCACUUACCCUGGGGGAUUCAGGCCCCCACCAUUGCCGCUCACUGCACUUACCCUGGGGGAUUCAGGCCCCCACCAUUGCCGCUCACUGCACUUACCCUGGGGGAUUCAGGCCCCCACCAUUGCCGCUCACUGCACUUACCCUGGGGGAUUCAGGCCCCCACCAUUGCCGCUCACUGCACUUACCCUGGGGGAUUCAGGCCCCCACCAUUGCCGCUCACUGCACUUACCCUGGGGGAUUCAGGCCCCCACCAUUGCCGCUCACUGCACUUACCCUGGGGGAUUCAGGCACCCACCAUUGCCGCUCACUGCACUUACCCUGGGGGAUUCAGGCCCCCACCAUUGCCGCUCACUGCACUUACCCUGGGGGAUUCAGGCCCCCACCAGUGCCGCUCACUGCACUUACCCUGGGGGAUUCAGGCCCCCACCAGUGCCGCUCACUGCACUUACCCUGGGGGAUUCAGCCCCCCACCAUUGCCGCUCACUGCACUUACCCUGGGGGAUUCAGGCCCCCACCAUUGCCGCUCACUGCACUUACCCUGGGGGAUUCAGGCCCCCACCAUUGCCGCUCACUGCACUUACCCUGGGGGAUUCAGGCCCCCACCAAUGCCGCUCACUGCACUUACCCUGGGGGAUUCAGGCCCCCACCAUUGCCGCUCACUGCACUUACCCUGGGGGAUUCAGGCCCCCACCAUCGCCGCUCACUGCACUUACCCUGGGGGAUUCAGGCCCCCACCAUUGCCGCUCACUGCACUUACCCUGGGGGAUUCAGGCCCCCACCAUUGCCGCUCACUGCACUUACCCUGGGGGAUUCAGGCCCCCACCAUUGCCGCUCACUGCACUUACCCUGGGGGAUUCAGGCCCCCACCAUUGCCGCUCACUGCACUUACCCUGGGGGAUUCAGGCCCCCACCAUUGCCGCUCACUGCACUUACCCUGGGGGAUUCAGGCCCCCACCAUUGCCGCUCACUGCACUUACCCUGGGGGAUUCAGGCCCCCACCAUUGCCGCUCACUGCACUUACCCUGGGGGAUUCAGGCCCCCACCAUCGCCGCUCACUGCACUUACCCUGGGGGAUUCAGGCCCCCUCCAUUGCCGCUCACUGCACUUACCCUGGGGGAUUCAGGCCCCCACCAUUGCCGCUCACUGCACUUACCCUGGGGGAUUCAGGCCCCUACCAUUGCCGCUCACUGCACUUACCCUGGGGGAUUCAGGCCCCCACCAUUGCCGCUCACUGCACUUACCCUGGGGGAUUCAGGCCCCCUCCAUUGCCGCUCACUGCACUUACCCUGGGGGAUUCAGGCCCCCACCAUUGCCGCUCACUGCACUUUGUUAG